UUCUGUUGAAAGUAGCCGUAUUUGAUGGGACCAAUACGUCAAAGAGAUAGCCCUACAUCCAAAUGUAAACAUAUUGACUCGCCAUAGAGAGGAGCUAUUUACAGACGUCCACGUAUUCCGCCAAGGAUAUCGAUUUCCUUUUAGAACAUAUGGAUAUCUCCCUCCCUAGUGAUGAUGAUCUGGUUUCUGCGAAUAGAAGCGAAGGGUUCUGCUUUCUCUUAGAUAAUGGUUAAAAGAAAACGUAUGGUUGGCGUUGUUGUUUCCAAGUGAUGCACCUGAAAAUCCCCUUAAUGUCUGUAGAUGGCGACGUUUGUUUCCAAUGCACUUCAAUCCUUAAAAAAAAGAGGACUAUUGUUGAUUUGUUAUCGUCGUAAACUCUGUCAAUAAAAUUGCAUCAUUCAAAUGUCAUCCGAUGUCCCUUUCUUCCUGUUGCAAUUAAGAGAAUCAUCGAAAAAAUCCGCCGAAAUGAUGGAUGCUCCGAUUCGUAAAGAUCCGCCUUCUGCUGGCCAAAAGAUACAGGAAAAGGCCAAUGAAGCCGCUCAAGUCGGCCGUGAGGCUGGCCAGCAAGUUAAAGGACAGGCUCAAAAAUUCGGUCAGGGAAUCAAGCAAACAGCUUAUGAUAGACCGACACAACAACAAGAGCACAGCAAAGGGAUGCUGGACAAGAUGAAAGAUACCAUUUCCGAUGCAGCUGACAUGGUCCAAGGCAAAAGCAAAGGCCAAAUGGAAAAUGUUAAGGAAACGUACAGCAAAGGAAAUUAAAUGAAUUGAAUUUGCUUUAUCCUUGGAAACCUAAUGUACCCCUCGGCUUUUCCGAAUGUUUUCCCAAUUUCUGGAAAGAUCAAAAAUACAUUCUUUAUCACAUGAGAAA